GCUCAUUCCGAUGCCAACCGCAGGAAGGUGCAGUCGAUUCGCGUCGUAAGACGGGCUAGUUUUUAGUGUCCCCACGCGCCGCGAUCCGCGUAGCUUCGAGUAAAGCGCGGAUAUUUUGGAAGGAUCAGCAACGAGACGACGACGCCGACGGAAGACCCACGACGGAACAAACGAGUGUGAAAGUGUUGAUGAUCAUUUUGUAUGAUAAAGUGAAAAAGUGAUUGAUUGAAGGAUCGCUAGAUUAAGAUAUGAGUUUCCAUGAAUGAGUGAAUUUCUUUUAAUAAUUUGGAACAAACCAACUAGCACGAAACAGUAAGACGAAUUACGAAAUUCUAGGACCUCGAACCCUAGCGACGCGCUUCCUUCUCUUGGGCCAAGAGAGUUAAAGAGGAGGUUCAUAACCAGUGACUGUGGUGUUUAGAUCAGCAGUUGUAGCAAUUGGAGAGAUUGGCUGGAUUCAUUUCCCGAAUAGGAACUCAGCGGAUCAAACCGCGUUUCCCCUUAAAAAUGGUUGCGAUGACGAAACUAGUGCUGCUUACAGCCUUCGCCAUAGUAUCCACCACAAUCAGUGUCAGCCAUGGUCAGUUCCACACCGGGCCCAGGUACAGUCUGGACAACAUGCCCAAGACGAGCUUUUCCUGCAGGGACAAAAUCCUGGGUGGGUACUAUGCGGAUUCGGAAACCCAGUGCCAAAUGUUCCACGUAUGCGUCAAGGUAGCCGGUAUCGGGGUGCAAGACUUCAGAUUCCUUUGCCCCAACGGCACGGCUUUCGAUCAGGAAGCUCAAAUCUGUGCCGAUUGGGGUGAUGUAGACUGUGAAGCCGCUACCCUGUACUAUGGCAGUGACAAUUUCGACCUGUACCGGUUGGGCUCCGGUUUCGAAAGCAAACGGGCUCCGUACGCCGAGGAAGAGGAAGCUACCUUCCACCUGCAGCGGGCUGAGACCAGCGACGCAAGGCGUAGCAAGCAGUUCAUAGUCAACCAAAGUGCAAAAAAUCAGCAAGCUUCACUCUAUAAUCCUAAUCAGAUUCCACAGGUGCAUCGACCUCAGCAUCAUCAGCAACGACAGCAGCAGCCCAGCACAACGACAACAACUACCACAACAGCUCAACCGCCUGCAACGGCCCAGACAACAGAAUCCUACAGCAACAACAACAAGGGCAACCUGCAAUACCAGAAGCAAAUCCAGCAGAAACAUCUCCAGCACAAGCAACAACAGCUGAUCUUCAACCAACAACAGCAGAUACAACAGCAACACUACCGACAACUGACGGCCGCAGCGGCUACGGCUACACCGUCCGAUAGGAAGCAAAACGAGGCCAUUCGAUCAACCACUGCGUCCACUUUUGUCACCACAACGCAGAAACCGUUCCAACCUCAACAGCAGCAACAACAACAGCAACAACAACGCAACGAUUACAAUAAUGAUGAAAUAUUCCGCGGUUCACAUAGUUCUCACUUUUUCAACAAUCGAAACAACGGAAAGGAAGAUUUCGAAGAUGAUUACGUCCGAAAGCCGGCUUCGACAACCAGCACCAUCGCUCCAACGACGUCCGCAACAGCGAAAGCUCAAACUCGAGGCCGGAACCGUGGACGAGGAAGUGUACGAGCACAUAACCUCAAUAUUGUGCAGAGCGUUGCCAAACCAACUCCAGGACAGCAACAAACAAGACUCCAGUCCACCACACCGGAAGAUUUUGUAGAUGUACCGAAGAUCCAAAAUUUCAACCGCGGAACCAACAACUUCCGGCAGCAGCCCACCACUAUACUGCAGCCCCAGAAUGGCAAUCAGAUCAACUUUGCUCAACAACCUGCAUCUACACCUGCUCCUUUCUCGAGAACUCAACAGCGACCAGCACAGAACCUUACCUCUAGUCGCAGUAGUCAGGCGUUCUUCGUCCAUCAACAGAUAAACACCACUCCAGCCAAGGUCGCCCAGAGCCCACAGCAAUAUCAAACCACACCAUCGAUACCGCAUAACCACCAUCAACGAUUCCAUGCUAUAACAACCACUCCGGCACCAGAAUUCAAAAUUGCUGUAACUACACCCAAGAGUCACUUUAACAAUAUCAACAACCAACAAUACUUUCAACAGUCCACCACUACACAGUCACCAAACUUCAGCGGCCAAUUCUUCAAUCGAAACGAUUUUCGCACUUCUACCACCACAUUUGCACCGCCACAACAGCACUUCAACCGAGUCACACAGGCACCACAAUUCUACAACACUGGAUUCGAAAACAAAGCUACCGAGCGUACAUUCAACGAAGCCAUUACUACUCCCCAGGAACCCCAGCGCAUCAGGGCACAAUCGCGCAACUACAACAUCGACCAGGGACGGCUGAAUCAAUUCAACUACGACGAAUACUUGGUGAGCCGUACCAGCAGCACAACAUCAACAACUACGACUGCACCCACAACCACAGCAGCUGCCUUUGAAAAUGUAAAACCCUCUACUUACAAUCCUCUCAGCUAUCGUGCCCAACCUCAGAUCCAACCUCGUCAGCAACCACAAUCCCAACAUCUCAAUCCCUUCGAUCCACGAUCAACUCCACUAGCUCAUUCGACGACGACAACCUCAACGACAACCACAACACAACGUCCCAACGUCGCCAACGAGCGGUACCAAACAAUCUCUCGCAAUGCGAACGAUAACAACACCCCAUCAACCAUCAAAAAGUUCUCUACUCUGGUUCCCAAAGAACUAUACAACCCUACCACCUUCAAACCGAAUGCAUUCAGCAAAAAAGCACUUCUCCAAUUCGUCAUCCAAAAACCGGACCCGAAACCUCAGGAGAAAGUAAACCCUGCCCCACCGAAAAGCACCAUCUACGUACCAACAGUACCUCCAGUAACUACCUCUACCACAACAACUACAGCAUCCCCAGUUCAACGUAAACCACAGCAAAUCCAAUUUUUCCAGCAGCCUCAGCUAGCCUUCAACGCUCCUUCGACAACCACCACCACCACCACCAAACGACCCGACCAAAUCGACGAAGACGACGGCCAGUACCAUCCCGAGCUCUACGAGAAAGACUUCUACCGAAACCGAGUUCGCACUAAAACCGGCAACGGCAACAACAAUAAGGCAGCUCAAGACCAACUGACCGCUUCCCGUAACAACUUCUUCCAACAGUCUACCCCGGUAUCGCAAUCCCUUUCCUCCGGUAGCGACGAGGAUGAAAUCUUCCGCACCGCUCACUCGCAGAACAUCGCCGCCAGCGGUAAUGAUCUGAUCCUGGAACGGGCUCGUCAAGCUGCAGCCAAAAUCAAUGAAUUCCUAUUGUCUUCCUCGGUCAAGCCAACGCAGACACCGCCAACCCGAAAGACCGCUCAUCAAUCGAGCAGCAGCAGCAGCCGGGCGUCGUCCUCUUCGUCGGACGGCAAAGCCAACAGCAGGGUGAACCCACGGCCGUUCUCCAAGGCUCCGACGAUCCCUCCGAAUGCCACCAGCACCAAGCGGCCGUCGGAUGAUAAGGACGAAUACGACUACGCUUACUACGAUCUGGGAAACCACGAUAUACCGGAGUAUGAAGUGAUCGAAGAUUUCGGACGAACUUCCAAAAAAAAGAAAAACUAGAAAUUCGGAGUCAAAGUAGGCGAAAGUUAGCUACCUAACGUCGAGGAGAGUUGAGAAUGCUGAUCGAGGGAGAAAGGAGCAAAGAACAUUGGGUAGUUUGUAGUUUUUCAAAUUCCCUUACGAACGAUUUGUUGAAGACGAAACUAAUCCUUUGAUGACCUCAAAAGAACACUCACUUUGCUUUCAAUAAACGGGUACUAACUCGAUUCGUUGGAAAUUGAAUAACAAUUUUUUUAACUAUGUAAAUGAAAUUCUGGAUUUAGAAUUUGAAUUCGGAAUCCACAUUCUAAAGCUAAGUUCUGAAUCUAAACUUGAAUUCUGAAUCUAUUUUCCAUAUCUGAGUUCUGAAUAAGGAGGUCAAAUUUUAAUUUUGAGUCUAAAUUCUGAAUCUGACUUUGGAAUCUGAAUCGCUGAAUUGCAUUUCGAAUGUGAAUUUCAAACCUGAUUCCUAAGUCUGAUUCCCCAAUCAGAAUUCUGUAUUUGAUUUCUGAAUCGGAGUUUAAAGUCUAUAUUCUGGAAUUAAGAGCUUGUGAUAUAGCUCAGUUGGCCAGUCAGUUGCUUCCUGAGCCGAUGUCCAUGAGUUCGAGCCCAAGAGUAAACAUCGAUCACAGUUGUACCGGAUAAGUUUUUCAAUGGCUAUCCGCCAACUUCAUCGUUGAUAUAAGUCGCGAAUGACAUAAAGAUGUUAAAACGACUAUAAUCGAAACAAAAAACAUGUUCUGGAAUUUGAAUCCUUAUUCUUAAUUCCAAGUUCUGUAUCUGGAUUCCCAAUUGUGAAAUCUGACUUUCAGCUAUUAGUAAAUAUGAAUUCCUAUUUCCUUUCUCGAAUUCUGAAUCUGAAUUCGGAUUUUGAAUUCUGAUAUACAAACUCUUGUAAUUAAAGUUUUUCAAACUUUUAGACUGAAUUACAAUAGAAAGAUUGAUAAAUAACUAGCCUUUCAGAUUAUCAAAUCCAAACAUGAAGUUAUAGUUUUUUUGAAUUUUGUUGUGUUUUGUUUUGUUUUUCUCUGACGAUGGUGCUGAUUAGCAGGGGAAAAAAUUUAUCUGGACUUUUUUGGUCUGCCAUAAAUAACAAGACCAAAUUAAGCUCUAAUGUUAAAGUUAUCAAACGACCAACCAAUCGACCAGCUAACCCAAGUAACACUUAAAAUUUUAUAGCAGGCUACUAGGUAAAGUUUUGGUUUUAUAAGGGGCUUGAGGACUCUAAUAAAACUAUCGGUGUUACUUGGGAAUACUACAAAAUAAGGUCGAUUUGUACAGAUAUAAUUCGGCACAUUUCGUUUCAGAUUGUAUUUCCAUAUUCCAGCAAAUGCCAGAUUUCUACUUUUUCCCAACAUUCUUACAUUGAAAGUUAAGUGAGUGUGAAUUCUCCCUCUGCAGCGAAGCCAAACCAGUUGUAUAGAUUUUAAAUUAAAUUAAACUAGUUGAAAACAAAAUCGAACGUUUGCAAAAAGAAGAGGUGCCCCUUGUUACAUUUGUUUUUGCAUAACAUGAGUUUGACAUAGGGACAAAAAACUUUAAAUUACGGUAGGGAAAUCUGCAAUUUCACACACUUUUAAAGAGAAAGCAAACUGCCAUUUUAUGUGAUCUUGUGAUCUUCUUUUCAGUUGUAGAACACAUUCUACUUUUUGUCUUACACCCACACAACUUUUCGUGAGUAAAUUUAAUCGAAAAUAAUAUAGAUACAAAAAUGGUUGUAAAAAAUUACCCAAAAAAAUGUAGAUAAACUAAGAGCGACUGGAUGAAAUUCAUCAAAUGCGAAGCCAGUAAACAAGUUAUUGAAAAUUUAAAGUUACCAUUUCUUACCAGCUGCAGUAGACUGUCCAGAGUUUAUUUAAUUAGUUUAGUGAAAAUCUUUCCUGAGAACAAAUUGCUUCGGAACUAAGCCUAAAUAAUCCUUUCACUUCGUUUAAAGCACCCUGAAAAGGAACAUUCCAAACACCCUUAUUAUACUAUCUGUCUAUCUAUCCUCGAGGAAUGCAUUACGAGAAAUUCCUUAUUUUAAUGGACCUGUGGCCUGUAUCUGGAUGUUUCCGGGAACUAUGUAUUUCUGUCUUUAUCGAUGCUCAUCGACUUGCAUCCUAAAUCAAAUCAAUUGUACAUAUGUUUCACCUAACACAAGUUGUAUAAGACAUCAGAGAAAGAGAAAGAAUAAAAAUGAAAAUUAAUUGAA